AUGAGGGAGGUCCUCAACCCCGAGGACGUCCGGGUCUCCAGACCGGUGAAAACCGCAGAGGUGCGGAUCACCGGUCUGGAUGAUUCCGUGACCCCCGAGGAAGUGGUGGUGGCCGUUGCCCGUAGCGGAGAGUGUCCGCCGGAUAGGGUGCGGGCCGGCGACAUACGCACCGACGCCACCGGACUCGGCGUAGUCUGGGUUCGGUGCCCCGUGGCGUCGGCGAAGAAGAUCGCCGUAGCUGGCGAAGUGAAGGUGGGCUGGGUUGCAGCGAGGGUAAAACUCCUGCAACCCCGGGCUUUGAGGUGCUUCCGGUGCCUGGAAAAGGGGCACGUCCGGGCAAAGUGCACCUCCGCAGCAGACCGCAGCGAUCUCUGCUAUCGCUGCGGUCAGCCCGGUCACAAGGCGGCCCAGUGUUCCGCCGCGCUAAACUGCUGCCUGUGUUCGGCCGCGGGGAAGCCGGCGGGACACAGAUUGGGCGGGGGAGCCUGUGGCAUGCCCACCAGCACUGCCAAAAAGGCAGGGAGAGGAGCUCCAAGCCUGCCGGGGUAA